AUGCCAAUUUAUUUGACACCAUUGUCAUUUGGUAGAUUUUAAUACGAUGGUUCAUUAAUAGUACAAAUCGGUUCAACAUCACUUUCGUUAAAAGAAACUCUAUCAACUUCUACAGAUAAUCUUUCGAUUAUGAAUCCUUCAAACAUAAAUUUAACAUCUUCUAAUACAUCACCAUCAACACAACAAAUAUCUGUUCUUGAUAUAAUUGUUGGUAAAUCACGAGCAUUAACAUCUUUACAAACUCGUGGUAUUAAUUUAACAUUAAGUGGUGUAACAAAUAUUGGUACUAUUGCAAUGGAUGUACCAUUACGACCACAAGAAGUUCAUGAUCUUGUUAAUCGUGCUGGUCGUUUAAUAACAUCGUAUGUUCAAGAAUUUCUUCCAGAUGAUACACAACAAAUAUCAACAACACCAUUAACAACAAAUACAAAUAUUGAAUUAAAUAAUAUAAAUUUAAAUGAUACAAUUGAAGAACCAAAUACAGCAACACCAUUAGAACGUAUAACAACUAAAAAACGUCUUGGUACACGUCGUAAAAGUACAAUAACAUCAAAUAAUAAUUCACGUCCAUUAGAAGCUCAACGAAGUAUAUCAUCAUCAUCAAAACAACCUUUAUUUGAAGCACAUAUAACAGCACAUUGUCAAGGAAUGACAUUUUCUACAACACUUUUAUCAACAUUAAAAGCUCAAUAUAAAAUUGGUAUUGUUGAAGGUGUUGCUAAUAUUGGUAGUAUGACAUCACGUUUUACAGCUAUAAUACAUGAACAUGCAUUACAUUUCUUAAAUAAUAAUAAUAAUGAUCAACAACAACCACCAACUGUUAGUUCUGAUAAUCAUGUUCGAAUUGAUUUUCCACAAAUACGUUGUUAUGGAAAUUAUUCUAUUCAACAAGAACAAGAAAAUAAAACAAAAGGACAUUUAAAUCUUCUUACAAAAAUAGAUUUACUUAAAUUAACAAUAACAGCUGAUUUUCUUGCACAAUUAGUUUUUGUUUCAAAAGUUAUUAUACAUGAAAUAAAUGAAAUUCUUGCUAAAGUAUCUGGUUUUGAUCAAUUUCAUUUUAAAACAAAUAAAAAUUUACGUUUAUCAUCAUCAUCUGGAACACAAUUUAUUGGUAUUAAUAUAAAUGAUACUGAAGAUGAUGAGGAUGAUGAUGAUGAUGAUGAACCAGAAAAAGAUCAACAAACAACAUCAACAACACCAUUUACAUAUAAAAUUGAUAUAUCAAUGAAAGGUUUUGAAGUUAUUGGACAAACACCAUCAAAUACAAUUGUUAAAUUUGAAAAUGGAGAUAAAAAAGUACCAAUAUUUAUUAAAUUAACAAAUUAUCAUGAACAAAAUUCUGUAUUACUUUAUAAUAAACCAUUAAUUAAUGCAUUAUUAUAUAUUAAACUUAGUUUAGGACAAUUAUUACAUACAGGUGGUUUUCAAGAUGCUGCUUAUUUUAAAACAAAAUUACUUUUAAGAAAUUCAUUUCAAGUAAGUUUCAUAUUUAUUUCAAAUAAUAAUUUGUCAUUUUAA